AUGGAGGGAGAAGAAGCGUGGGGGAUGAGUGUAAAUCAGAAUCCGGGGAUUAGCGGCGGCAGAUGUGUGUACAUAAGAGGAAGGCAACACGAGCAACAGCACAAGCGUGGAACAGACGGCAAGAAGGGCGGCAACCCCUGGGGGCAUUGGCGAAACGCGCAGAAGCCAACCGGGGCGCCGCGCGAGGGCCGCCGUGGGUCCCGAGCACGGGAUCCUCACUGGGAUUGGCUCCCUGCAGGCUUGGGGAUGCACUAUGACGUCGGCCGACCUGCGGGGAAUCGAGAUAAGCCAGGGAGAGGCGCCGACUUGGCCCGAAAGGUGCUCUCUGGCUCCACCACGACGGCUGGCCGUGCAGGGGGUUGA